AUGCGGGUAACAACAGAGGCUCAGACAUCCUCUGUUGUAGACACAACAGUCUCAGCAGAUACCACAACAGCUGAGGGAACAACCUCUCCUUCAGUGGACACAACUGCUGCAGAUGUAACGACCGCAGCAGAACAGACAUCCAUUGCUGAGGCCACUUCUGCAGCUGCAGUCACAACAGCAGGCGCAGGUACUACCACAGCUGAGGGAACAACUAGUCCUGUGGUGGAUACAACUGUUGUGGAUGUGGUAACAACAGAGGCACAGACAUCCUCUGUUGUAGACACAACAAUCUCAGCAGAUACCACAACAGCUGAGGGAACAACCUCUCCUUCAGUGGACACAACUGCUGCAGAUGUGACAACUGCAGCAGAAAAGACAUCUAUUGCAGAGGCCACUUCUGCAGCUGCAGUCACAACAGCAGGUGCAGGUACUACCACAGCUGAGGGAACAACUAGUCCUGUGGUGGAUACAACUGUUGUGGAUGUGGUAACAACACAGGCACAGAUCUCUGUUGUAGACACAACAGUCUCAGCAGAUACCACAACAGCUGAGGGAACAACUUCUCCUUCAGUGGACACAACUGCUGCAGAUGUGACAACUGCAGCAGAACAGACAUCCAUUGCUGAGGCCACUUCUACUGCUGCAGUCACAACAGCAGGUGCAGACGCAGCAGAACAGACAUCCAUUGCUGAGGUCACUUCUACAGCUGCAGUCACAACAGCAGGUGCAGGUACUACCAGAGCUGAGGGAACAACUAGUCCUGUGGUGGAUACAACUGUUGUGGAUGUGGUAACAACAGAGGCACAGACAUCUUCUGUUGUAGACACAACAAUCUCGGCAGAUACCACAACAGCUGAGGGAACAACCUCUCCUUCAGUGGAUACAACUGUUGCAGAUGUGACAACCCAGCAGAACAACAUCCAUUGCAGAGGCCACUUCUACAGCUGCAGUCACAACACUGCAGUCACAACAGCAGGUGCAGGUACUACCACAGCUGAGGGAACAACUAGUCCUGUGGUGGAUACAACUGUUGUGGAUGUGGUAACAACAGAGGCACAGACAUCUGUUGUAGACACAACAAUCUCGGCAGAUACCACAACAGCUGAGGGAACAACUUCUCCUUCAGUGGACACAACUGUUGCAGAUGAAACAACUGCAGCAGAACAGACAUCCAUUGCUGAGGCCACUUCUGCAGCUGCAGUCACAACAGCAGGUGCAGAUGUGACAACUGCAGCAGAACAGACAUCCAUUGCUGAGGCCACUUCCACAGCUGCAGUCACAACAGCAGGUGCAGGUACUACCACAGCAGAGGGAACAACUAGUCCUGUGGUGGAUACAACCGUUGUGGAUGUGGUAACAACAGAGGCACAGACAUCUGUUGUAGACACAACAAUCUCGGCAGAUACCACAACAGCUGAGGGAACAACUUCUCCUUCAGUGGACACAACUGCUGCAGAUGUAACAACCGCAGCAGAACAGACAUCCAUUGCUGAGGCCACUUCUCAGCUGCAGUCACAACAGCAGGUGCAGGCACAGACAUCUUCUGUUGUAGACACAACAAUCUCAGCAGAUACCACAACAGCUGAGGGAACAACCUCUCCUUCAGUGGACACAACUGCUGCAGAUGUAACAACCGCAGCAGAACAGACAUCCAUUGCUGAGGCCACUUCUACAGCUGCAGUCACAACAGCAGGUGCAGGUACUACCACAGCUGAGGGAACAACUAGUCCUGUGGUGGAUACAACUGUUGUGGAUGUGGUAACAACAGAGGCACAGACUUCUUCUGUUGUAGACACAACAAUCUCGGCAGAUACCACAACAGCUGAGCGAACAACCUCUCCUUCAUUGGAUACUACUGUUGCAGAUGUGACAACUGCAGCAGAACAGACAUCCAUUGCAGAGGCCACUUCUUCAGCUGCAGUCACAACAGCAGGUGCAGGUACUACCACAGCUGAGGGAACAACUAGUCCUGUGGUGGAUACAACUGUUGUGGAUGUGGUAACAACAGAGGCACAGACAUCUUCUGUUGUAGACACAACAAUCUCAGCAGAUACCACAACAGCUGAGGGAAGAACUUCUUCAGUUUACACAACUGCUGCAGAUGUGACAACCACAGCAGAACAAACAUCCAUUGCUGAGGCCACUUCUGCAGCUGCAGUCACAACAGCAGGUGCAGAUGUGACAACUGCAGCAGAACAGACAUCCAUUGCUGAGGCCACUUCUACAGCUGCAGUCACAACAGCAGGUGCAGGUACUACCACAGCAGAGGGAACAACUAGUCCUUUGGUGGAUACAACCGUUGUGGAUGUGGUAACAACAGAGGCACAGACAUCUGUUGUAGACACAACAAUCUCGGCAGAUACCACAACAGCUGAGGGAACAACUUCUCCUUCAGUGGACACAACUGCUGCAGAUGUGAACAACCACAAUGUGACAACUGCAGCAGAACAGACAUCCAUUGCAGAGGCCACUUCUUCAGCUGCAGUCACAACAGCAGGUGCAGGUACUACCACAGCAGAGGGAACAACUAGUCCUGUGUGGUGGAUACAACUGUUGUGGAUGUGUAACAACAGAGGCACAGACAUCUCUGUUGUAGACACAACAAUCUCGGCAGAUACCACAACAGCUGAGGGAACAACUUCUCCUUCAGUGGACACAACUGCUGCAGAUGAAACAACUGCAGCAGAACAGACAUCCAUUGCUGAGGCCACUUCUGCAGCUGCAGUCACAACAGCAGGUGCAGGUACUACCACAGCUGAGGGAACAACUAGUCCUGUGGUGGAUACAACUGUUGUGGAUGUGGUAACAACACAGGCACAGACAUCUUCUGUUGUAGACACAACAAUCUCGGCAGAUACCACAACAGCUGAGGGAACAACCUCUCCUUCAUUGGAUACAACUGUUGCAGAUGUGACAACUGCAGCAGAACAGACAUCCAUUGCAGAGGCCACUUCCACAGCUGCAGUCACAACAGCAGGUGCAGGUACUACCACAGCAGAGGGAACAACUAGUCCUGUGGUGGAUACAACCGUUGUGGAUGUGGUAACAACAGAGGCACAGACAUCUGUUGUAGACACAACAAUCUCAGGCACAGACAUCUGUGUAGUCACAACAAUCUCGGCAGAUACCACAACAGCUGAGGGAACAACCUCUCCUUCAGUGGACACAACUGCUGCAGAUGUAACAACCGCAGCAGAACAGACAUCCAUUGCUGAGGCCACUUCUGCAGCUGCAGUCACAACAGCAGGUGCAGGUACUACCACAGCUGAGGGAACAACUAGUCCUGUGGUGGAUACAACUGUUGUGGAUGUGGAUGUGACAACUGCAGCAGAACAGACAUCCAUUGCAGAGGCCACUUCUACAGCUGCAGUCACAACAGCAGGAGCAGGUACUACCACAGCUGAGGGAACAACUAGUCCUCUGGUGGAUACAACUGUUGUGGAUGUGCUGCCAGUCACAACAGCAGGAGCAGGUACUACCACAGCUGAGGGAACAACUAGUCCUGUAGUGGAUACAACUGUUGUGGAUGUGGUAACAACAGAGGCACCAGACAUCUCUGUUGUAGACACAACAAUCUCGGCAGAUACCACAACAGCUGAGGGAACAACCUCUCCUUCAUUGGAUACAGCUGUUGCAGAUGUGACAACUGCAGCAGAACAGACAUCCAUUGCAGAGGCCACUUCUACAGCUGCAGUCACAACAGCAGGUGCAGCAGAACAAACAUCCAUUGCUGAGGCCACUUCUACUGCUGCAGUCACAACAGCAGGUGCAGGUACUACCACAGCUGAGGGAACAACUAGUCCUGUGGUGGAUACAACUGUUGUGGAUGCGGUAACAACAGAGGCUCAGACAUCCUCUGUUGUAGACACAACAGUCUCAGCAGAUACCACAACAGCUGAGGGAACAACCUCUCCUUCAGUGGACACAACUGCUGCAGAUGUAACAACCGCAGCAGAACAGACAUCCAUUGCUGAGGCCACUUCUACAGCUGCAGUGACAACAGCAGGUGCAGAUGUGACAACUGCAGCAGAACAGACAUCCAUUGCAGAGGCCACUUCUUCAGCUGCAGUCACAACAGCAGGGGCAGGUACUACCACAGCUGAGGGAACAACUGGUCCUGUGGUGGAUACAACUGUUGUGGAUGUGGUAACAACAGAGGCACAGACAUCUGUUGUAGUCACAAACAAUCUCGGCAGAUACCACAACAGCUGA